GUUGGGCAGAUGUCAGGAGUAGCCGGUGGAGGAACUAAGAAAAGCAGCAGCAGAUCAGUAGCAACAAAAACUCUUAUCAUACAGGAGUAUAAGCGGCGGUUACGCGACAACAUACGAUCCCUCAAUGACAACUUCAUCAACAUCCUUAAUGCUACGAAGGUUAGAGCGUGUGACGAGCUGCUGAAAUUGACCAACGACUUGAAAGAAUUCCUCAUUUUACAUGACUUCAAUUUCCUGACCCAUGCUAUAAAAUCUGCGGAGGAAGAAUGUGAUAAAAAGAUGAAAGCACAAAUUCAAAAACACAAUGCUCUACGAUUGGAUGUGUCAAAUUUGCUCAUCGAUAUGGAUAAAGAAAUAAUGGAGCAUUUCACUUUCCGUCAUUAGUA